AUGUUUGGCCCGUCUCUCCUUCUCCUUCUCUCCGUUUCGUCUGCACUCGCAUGGCAGCCAGACCACAUUCUGCGCAUCUCCAACGGCACCCUCGCCGCGGACUGCACCCCGCGCAUGUCCACCCUCAUCAACGGCACCUCUCCAGGCCCCGCCAUACGCGUCAAGGAGGGCGACCACGUAUGGAUCCGCGUCUACAACGACAUGGUCGACAGCAAUACGACCUUGCAUUGGCACGGGGUGAGCCAGUACAUGUCGCCGUUUGCGGACGGCACGCCCCAGACGAGCCAGUGGCCCAUCGCGCCUCAGAAUUAUUUCGACUAUGAGUUCAAGCUCGACAAGGGCAGCGCUGGCACCUACAUGUACCACACCCACGUCGGCUUCCAGAUCGUCACCGCCUACGGCGCGUUCAUCGUCGAGGACGCGGAGGACCCGCCGUACGCGUACGACGACGACCUCGUCCUCCUGCUCGGCGACUUUUACCACGCGCCGGAUGGCGCUAUCACCGCGGGCCUGCUCGGCGCGCCCUUUGCGUGGCUGGGUGAUCCGCAGGCGCUCACCGUGAACGGCAACGCGUAUGGGGCGUGCGACGCGAGCGCAAGCUCGGGCGCCGCGUGCGUGCCAGGGUGCCAUACUGAGGUCGUGCACGUCCUCCCGGACAAAACGUACCGCGUGCGCGUCAUCGGCGCGACCGCGCUCUCCUUCAUCUACAUGGCGAUCGAGGACCACCCCGGCUUCAACCUCAUCGAGGUCGACUCGGGCUACGUCGCCGCGCACAACGCGUCGCACCUCGAGGUCAACUCGGGCCAGCGCUAUUCCUUCCUCCUCCGCACGAAGCCCGCCGCGGAGCUCCGCGCGCUCAACAAGACCGCGUUCUGGGCGAACAUGGAGACCCGCUGGCGCCCGACGCGCGACCGCGGCGCGUGGCUCCUGCAGUACGACGCCGUCGAGCUCGCGCUCCCGCCCGUCGACGCGGCGCCGCAGCUCCCGGCGGCGCUCGGCGCGACGGGCCCCGCGUACGCGCCGAUCCCGGCGGACCUGAACGAGACGGUGCCGCUGCCAGACGAGGCGCCGUUCUGGGUUGUGCCGGCGCUGCGCCCGCUCGACCCUGCGGAGGUGCCGCCGCCGGACGCGCAGGUGUCGCGGCGGAUCACGAUUUCGAUGCAGCAGCUGAGCAACGGGACCGGGGCGACGCAGAAGGUAUUCUGGAACGUGGACCGGUACAUGUACUCGGAGGACGAGCCCGAGGUGCCAUACCUUGUGCAGGCGUACGAGGACCCGUCGGCGCUGCGCCCGGACUACGAGGCGGCGGCGGCGAACAACGGGUUCGACACGAGCACGAACGCGGUGCCGAUUCGCCUGAACGAGACCGUCGACAUGGUCUUCCUGAACCUCGCGAGCUUCGUGGGGACGCUCGAGGCGCACCCGUGGCACAUUCAUGGGCAGCACCCGUACGUGAUGGCACAGGGCCUGGGUAACUUCUCGGACGAGGCGUACGCUGCGGCGCGCCAGAACAUGACCGGGCUGCCGAUCCAGCGCGACACCAACAACAUCUUCGCGGGGCCCGUCGGCGCGGACUACACGAACGCGACGGUCGCGCCCGGGGAGAACGGCGGGUGGAUGGUGUACCGCAUGCGGGCGGAGGUCGCCGGCGCGUUCCUGCUCCACUGCCACCUGCAGCCCCACGCGGUGAUGGGCAUGGCGACGGUGCUUCUCGUCGGGAUCGACGCGCUCCCGACGCUCCCGACGAACUUCACCAAGGAGUUUGCGACGUACAACGCGACGCCGCGGGCGAAGCCGCAUAGCUUCUUCGAGCUGUAUCCUGAUCGGCGGACGGGGAGCAGCCAGGUUUGA